AUGUCUGCUAGACCGCAGUUACACGUUACAGUCGUUAGGCAUGCCGAAACGAGUUCUAACUUGAAUCGUAUUUUACAAGGUCAUAUAGAUACAAAGUUGAAUAAAACCGGUAGAGAACAGGCAGAGUCUGUUGGACGACGGUUGCGAAAACUAAAGAUCGAUCAUAUUUAUUCAAGUGAUUUAUCCAGAGCAAAAAAGACGGCAGAAGCCAUCGCCAAACAUCAUUCUGGCGUACCGUUCUCGGUGGAUAAUCGAAUCCGUGAAAGGGACCUCGGCAGAUUAAGCGGGUUAUCAAUUUACGAGGCCUUGGAUUUAAUUAAAAAUGAAGAACUCGCAUGGGAUGAUUAUGGGGAACCCGAAGAAGAUUUUAAAGCUCAAAUUGUCGAUUUCUUUAAUGAUUUGGUCGAAAGACAUUUACCAAAGAAGUCUGGUGGAUUACAAUCGGAUAACGGAAAGAAUCGAAAUCCACACAUUGUCAUCGUGACUCAUGGUGGUACAAUAAAUAAAUUAGUAAAGGAGCACCUAAUUAUGGAUCUCGGGUUUCAUGUUAACGAUUAUUUAAGCAUGAAACACAAAGCAAAGAAUACUUCCAUCACAAAGUUUGUCGUAAGAAGGGUUGCUGGAUACUCCUCAAACGUGAAUGUUGAUGAUGAUGACGCCACAAGCGUUGUUAGUAGUGAUGGUAAUAGCAGCGUAAAAGAUGAUGAUAAUUGUUCGGAAAAAUCAAUAAAUACUAGACGUAUUGAACGCAAGAAACGUAUAGAAGGGGAAGUUAAACUUUGGAGUUGCGUCUCACAUUUGGCUUCCAUUGGAAAACGGACACAUGGCGAUUCUCAAAUUGAUGAAUUCGUUCAUUAG